UACUUGUCCUUAACAUCUCGUUCUCAGUUACUGGACUGAUCUAAUUACAUACCACCAACUCACUCAAUACAUCUCACAUAUCAUGACUCGCGCUGUUCCCGAAGUUUCCUCCAAGGUCCAAUGGAUCUCUGAAAUGGAUGUUGAUAUCGAACCCACUGCUGGCAGAAAGUCCAGUGUUAUUGGCACAAUUGGCCCAAACACAAACAGCGUUGAAAUGAUUACCGAGCUCCGUAAUGCUGGUCUCAAUGUUGUCCGUAUGAACUUUUCUCACGGAUCUUACGAGUACCAUCAAUCUGUGAUUGAUAACACUCGCACCAGUUUCGAACUGUACCCCGGCCGUCCUGUCGCCAUUGCCUUGGACAACAAGGGUCCUGAAAUCCGUACUGGUAACAUGAGAGACGGUGAAGAGGUUCCUAUCUCUGCUGGCCACGAGAUGACCUUUAGCACCAAUGAGGAGUUCCAGGACAUCUGUGACGGAGAAGUGAUGUACAUCGACUACAAGAACCUGACCAAGGUUAUCGAGGUCGGCAGAAUCAUCUAUGUCGAUGACGGUGUGCUUUCGUUUGAAGUAUUGGAAGUCGAGGAAGACUCCCUGCGGGUGCGUGCAAUCAACAACGGCAAACUCUGCUCUCACAAGGGUGUCAACUUGCCCGGCACCGACGUCGAUCUGCCUGCUCUGUCCGAAAAGGACAAGGCUGACCUCGAAUUCGGUGUCAAGAACAAGGUCGACAUCGUGUUCGCAUCCUUUGUCAGACGUGGCCAGGACGUCAAGGACAUCAGAGAAGUUCUCGGUGAGGCAGGCAAGCGUAUCCUCGUCAUUGCCAAGAUUGAGAACCACCAGGGUGUAGCAAACUUUGAUGACAUUCUUCAUGAAGCUGAUGGUAUCAUGGUUGCCAGAGGUGAUAUGGGUAUCGAGAUUCCUCUUGAGCGUGUCUUUAUUGCCCAGAAGUCUAUGAUUGCCAAGUGUAACCUGGCCGGAAAGCCUGUAAUCUGUGCCACACAGAUGUUGGAGUCCAUGACAUACAACCCCAGACCCACUCGUGCUGAAGUAUCUGACGUAGCUAACGCUGUUCUUGAUGGUGCUGAUUGCGUGAUGCUUUCUGGCGAGACUGCCAAGGGCAAAUACCCUGUCGAGGCUGUGCGUACUAUGCACGACAUCUGUCUUUUGGCUGAGUCUGUUGUGUGCUACCCUGCCCACUUUAACGAAUUGCGCUCUCUCACAUCUCUGCCCACCGAGACCACCGAGACCGUUGCCUGUGCUGCGGUCAGUGCCGCACAUGAGCAAAAGGCCGGUGCCAUCAUUGUCCUGACAACCUCUGGUGACUCUGCCCGUCUGGUAUCCAAAUACAGACCAUCGGUGCCUAUCAUUGUCAUCACCAGAAAUGCCCAGACCGCCCGCCAGGUCCAUCUCUACCGCGGCUGCUUCCCCUUCCACUACAAAAAGGCCUCUGCCACCCCAGUCACACAGUCCCACUUCUUGUCUCCCUUUGGCGGAAACCUUUCUCACCUCAGCCCUGCCGAGACUGCACCAUGGCAAGAGGAUGUAGAUGCCCGAAUUGUCUGGGGUAUGGAGCAGGCCAUCAAAUACGGCUUGGUACAGCAUGGCCAGUCUAUCGUUGCCAUUCAGGGAUGGAAGAAUGGCUUGGGUAACACCAACACCCUCCGUGUCAUCUAUGCCCCAUAGAUAUAGAUAUCGAUAUAUAACAUAUACUCUAUAUUUAUUUAUUAGCUCAUAUAUACAUAUAUACCACUGAAAAACCAAGAUGAUAUAUCUAUAGUUUUUGUUAUAAAAAAAAAUAAAGUAGCAGAUGAAUAUAAAAAAAAUAUACCAUUAUUUAUAUAUAACAUGUAUAUAAAACCAAUACAAAAUAUCUCGUAUCUUACCU